CACACACAGAUCUCUUCCUGCUUUCAUAAAGGAAACAGCAUACAUGCAGUAAAUGAACAGAGAUAUCAGGAGUCAAAGACGACGAUCAUCUGAACACUAAAGAAAGAGACGGAGAAGAAACAGAAUAUCAGACGAUUGAUCAUCAAUCCCAACCGUAGAAGUCAGAGCAAAGAGAGAGACCCCCCCUGACAUGAGUGAGUUGAGAAUUGUUCUUCUGGGGAAGAAUGUAUCAAAAAACAGCAAAGUGGGAAACGUCAUCCUGGGUACACCAGCUUUUCAGAGGAAAGCAUCUUCAGAAUAUUUACAGCAGCACAGUGUGAAAAUCAGUGGAAUGGUGGAGAAGAGACACAUCACAGUCAUCAACACUUUCUACCUGCUACAGCCAUUUCUCUCAGAAGCUCAGAUCACACAAAGAGUGAGAGAGUGUGUUUCUCUGUCUGCUCCAGGACCUCACGUGUUCAUACUUGUACUGCAGUAUAAGAGCUUCAGGAAGGACGACCGAAACAGAGUGAUAAAAGUGCUGAACCUCUUCAGUGAGCAGGCCAUUAAACAGACCAUAGUGCUGACUACUGAUGAAGAGCCACUCAGCAUCUAUGGUAUCUAUUCAGUACCAAGAGAGAAUGUCUUCAUUAGACAACUGACUGCAGAGUGUGGAGGACGACGUCUUCAUUUUUAUAAACAUCAACAGGCAUUCUGCUCUGCUCUAUUCAAAGAAUAUCUUAAAUGUGAAAGAGGUAUAAAUGCACAAGGAUCAUCAGUGGAUGAUGAGAACAGUAGAUCUUCAGCUUCAGUUGGAGCAGAGCUGGAUUCUGGUCACAAUACAGAGGUGAGCGGGUGGCACAGUUCCGACUGCAAUCGGCCCAACAAUGCACCAACCAAAAAUAACCACAGGUGUAGUUCAUCACAUAACAUAUUCCCCUAACGUCUGACAAGCAGAAAGUGUCAAAAUAAUUGAUCUUCAUUUUUAACAACUCAGACAAGGAUACUGGCAAUGAAGGCCCAACCCGACAGAGCACCUUUGGGAUGAAUUAGAGCGAAGACUGCGAGCCAGGCCUUCUCGUCCAACAUCAGUGUCUGACCUCACAAAUGCGCUUCUGGAAGAAUGGUCAAAAACUCCCAU